GGAUGACGUCACUAGAGAGCGCGCCGCGUCGCCUUAUCGUGGGCAUCACACGGUGAGCGGCGACGCUGCGCUGUCCGUCCAGACCCGCCCCCACCACGGUGCACCGGGACCCGCCUCUCGGUCAUUUUCCCUGUGGGGAUACGGUCUCGGGCGUGCUGCUUUUUGUCCCCUCCUCCCGGCGGGUGUCGUCCAGUGGUGACCCGGGAGGAACCCGACACGGGUGAUGUCGGAGGGGCAGCAAGAUGCCUCCGGGUGGGGCUGGGACUAUGUAUGGAUCCUCCUGCUGAAUACGGGGCUUGUGGUGGCGAUAGUGUACGGGGCCUGGCGGGUGUACGGGCGCUGGAGAGGAAGCGGCACCCGGGCGGCCAGCACUUUACCCCGCAUGAAGAGGAGAGAUUUCACCCUGCAGCAGCUGCGGGACUACGACGGCACCAGGAACCCGCAUAUACUGCUGGCUGUCAACGGGAAGGUAUUCGAUGUGACCGAGGGCAGCAAGUUCUACGGGCCUGAUGGUCUCUAUGGGAUAUUUGCUGGGAGAGAUGCGUCCAGGGGACUUGCCACUUUCUGUCUUGAUAAAGAGGCAUUAAGAGAUGAAUACGACGACUUGUCUGACCUAAAUGCUGUACAGAUGGAAAGUGUCCGAGAGUGGGAGAUGCAGUUUAAAGAAAAGUAUGAAUAUGUUGGGCGAUUAUUGAAGCCUGGAGAAGAGCCAUCUGAAUAUACAGAUGAAGAAGAUGUCCGAGACCACUCAAAGCAGGAAUGAACUUUUACAACCAUAGUCAGGGGCCUUUCAGGAACUGCGACCUGUAACUUCCCCAAAACAAACAUGGACAUUUUGGGGGGUGGAUAAUGUACUCAACACUAGUGUCCAGAUUUUGUAUGAUGAUGACCCUGCAAAGAAGAUUUUAGUAAUACGCAUUCUCUGAUCCUUACUGCCACUUGUUUCCGCCACCCCUUGGCCACAAAGCAGUUGCUGUUUUUUGUAUAAUGACCCACGGUCCAGGGAUCCAGAUUUGUGAGACACUUAUGUAUAGCUUUACAUGUUUUGUCAGUAAUUUCCGACUUGUAUUUGGGAUCUGUCAACACUAGAUAAGAAUUCCCUGGCAAAUCUAGCUGGGCAUUUAUUGCCAUAGUGCUAGCAGGUACAGUUAGGUCCAGCCUGGCAAGAAGCAUACACUUUGUGGUAUCCUGGUUACUGUGUGAUAAGUAGAACGUUAACCUCCGCUAUCCCUCAGUCCCUUCUCCCCUCCUCUUCUGGACUUUGUCAGUCUGCACUACUUAUACCAAUGUUUUGAUGUUAAGUCCACAGUAAUUUUGUAUGUAUGUUCUCACUAGCGAGGCCAGGUAUUAGCAUCUCAUUCUUUUUCUGGGACUACUGCUGGUGAAAGUUAAAAAGAUCAAGCAGGUUUUCUUUUCAUUUCUUCUUUCCAUUGUCUAAACAUCCAGCACCGUGCUGGUAGGUGUUGGCCUGGUGAGAUGUGAGGGGGUGAAUAAAUCCACUUUUAUUAAAGGCAACCUUUUCAGCAAAUCGUAGGAUAGUGUCUGUCUGCACUCAUGAUGAAAUCUACAUGAACAGCUUUGCUGCUGCAGAGGCCUCUGAUCCGCUGGUAAAAUGCAGCACAGCCUUGUCCAGCAGCUCAGCUGUUCUCUAUGUGCCUUACUUCUUGUAAAGACUUGAAUCGCUUUAAGGGAAUAAAAAAAAAACCCAACAUGUAUUGGUUCAGAGUCACUGCAAGUAGCUUUGAUACUGAAGUUGAUAUUCUGUAUUGACUGGAAAACUUUGAUGUAAUUCUGUGUAAAUUGAAUGGAGGAAAAAAAGAAUCUUCAGUAUUACUGCCAUAUAAUGUGUUAUUCUAGAUAAGGAUAACAUUGUAUGGCCAAAUUACCCCCCCCUGCCCCCAGCACUGCUUUAUUUUGCUCAGAAGAAAAAGAAAAUCAGUCUACAUGUUUAUGUGGAGUAGUCUGUAUGCCUGGAAGAGUGUGUGGGUAUUUUGAGAGAUGUUGAGAGUUGUGUUUUCUGAGGAAACUGUAAAUAUGGGUACCAUUUUAAUAAAGCAUGUACAAUAAACCAGAUGUGGUCUGUUCUAUG